GAAAGGGGCAGAGGGCAGGACAAGCUUGACUUUGGAUCGCGCCUUCCACGGGCGGGGCCUGGCCCCCGAGGCCGUCCAGGAGGACGGGCAUGCGCCCCACUUCCCGACCUUGUCGAUCUACCGCAAGGAUUUCAGGCAGGCCAUGGCCCUGGUCGACCGCGCGCUUGCCCGCCCGGAAGACCUCGCGCCUGCGGAGUUACGGGCUGAGGCCAUCUUUGUAAAGGCGCAAGUGGUUCAUCAACUCGAUGAUUUCGAGUCCGCGCUGAUCUACUACCGGGAUGCCUGUGAGCUCUGCCCUUCUCUAGCCCCCGCCCAGUACGGCCACGCGCAAAUGCUGGCAGCACAGAGCCGCACCCUGGCGCUGAAAGACAGGAAGGAGGAGGCUGUGGCCCGCCUCGGGGAGGCGGUGGCGGCCCUGAACCGCGUCCUCGACAUGGUGCCCCACGACCCAGACACGCUCACUCUGCUGGGCCUGCUGCUUGCCGAGCAGCACCAGCUCGCCGCCGAUAAGCACGAGGCCCUCGACAAGCUGCGGCGGGCUGUGGAAUUGCGCCCGGACGUGAAGGAGACGUGGGUGGCGCUUGGUCAGGUGCAUCAACGGGCCCCCGGUGCCGACCCCAAGGAGGCUCUCCGCUGCUUGUUGGAGGCGGAACGGCUGAUCCUCCAGCGACAGGAGGUCGUCCCUGCCCCUUUGUUGAGCAACGUGGGCGCCCUCCUCCACGUGAAGGGAGAACAAGGCGGGGCCCGCGAGUACUACCGACGGGCGCUGGAGGCCUACGCUAGCACUGGGGGCUCCGGUUUGGGGGAGCUGGAGGCGCAAUAUUUGCCCUCGGAGCAGCCCAUUCAGCACCCGAGGAACGCGGUCUUCUGGCGCUGGGAAGACGUGCCGGGCAUGACCGUGCGGCUGGAAGAAGGUUCAAGGGCGGCGGCUGUGGUGGGGAGCGGCCCCGAGGGACUGACGGGCCUGCAGCCUGGCGACCACGUUCGAUUCGCGCUGGGACCGGGCCCGCGGGAGGCAUUUGUUUCGGUGGUGGUAGAUGAGAAGGCGGAGGACGAUAUGAUGGGCGGGGCCAGCGGGGAUCUGUGUCUGAAGCACACCUUCUUCCUUGCCACCCCGCCCGACCCGGUGCCCGUGGCUGUCAAGCGGAGUCGGGGGCUGCUGCGGCAUGAGACCCUGACCACCGUGUUCAACCUGGCCAUGAUCCACCAGGACAUGGGCGAGUUGGCGGCGGCCGAGGAGCUGCUUCUGGCCAUCACGAAGCAGUACCCCUCCCACGUGUCCGCGCACAUCAAGUUGGGGAUCCUUGCGCACGGGCAAGGUCACACGAAACAGGCGGGCUCCUGGCUCGGGCGGGCCCGGCAGCUGGCGCCUCAGGACAAGGAGGUGGCGGCGGUGUGUGGUAAGGUCGAGCAGGACGCGGGCCAUCGCGACCAGGCCCAACGCUUGUUUGAGCCGUUGAACAAGGAGGGCGACCCCUACGCCAUGGUGGCGCUGGGGAAUCUGUAUUUCAUGAACUCGGUCACUGUGCCAGACAAGGCACACCACAUGGGCCAUGCCCGCGUCUACCACACCAAGGUGCUUAAGAAGGACGCACGGAACCUGUACGCGGCCCACGGCCUGGGCUUGGUCCUGGCGGAGGAGUUUGGAAAAGUGGAAGACGCGCGCGCAGUGCUGCAGGCGGUGAGGGAGCGUUCCGGGGACAAACCGGACGAGAUUUUGAUCAACAUUGCUCACCUGUUCGUGGCACAGAAACAACGCAACGCAGCGAUCCAUUGCUACGAAUCCUUCCUGAAGAAGCACCGGUUGUCGACCGACGGGUUGCAUGUCCGAGUCCUGGAAUACGUAAGCCACGCGCACUUUCUGGAACGAUCUUGGGAGAAAGCUCUCCGGGCGAUCCUCAAGGCCCUCCACGUGGAACCGGGCAAGCCUGCGCUUGCUUUCAACGUGGGUUUGAUCCUGGAUGCCUCGGUUUCGGAGUCCUUCAAACGAAGCAACGCGCAGCGGACGACGUCUGUCAGCGAGUCCCGAUCGGCCGAGCGAGACUUGUCUGUCGCGAUCAGCGUCCUCUCCCGCCCGGAACUCGCGCAGGCUUACCCCAAGGUGAAACGGAAGGUUGAUUACAUGAAGGCCAAUCUACAACUUGCCCGCCAAUACGUCCAAGCGGAGGAGAAACGCUUCCGUGAGGACGAGGAGUCCAGGACACGGCAGGCGGCCCUGGUGGCGGCGGAGAUGCGGAGGCGGGAGGAGGUCAAAAGGGCCGAGGAGGAGGAGAGGGAGCGGGAAAAGGCGGCGGCGCGACAAGCUGCCUUGGAGAGGGACGAAGAACUGCGACGUUUGACUCUGCAGUGGGCACAGGAGCCAAGGGAGGCACCCCGAGUGAGCAAGAAAGAGCUGGCACGCAAGGCGGGGGAGAUUCUGUCGGAUGGGGAGGAGGAGGGGGAGGGGGCCGAGUUCGCGGAGCCAGAAAUGCAGGGUUUGGGCCCGGGCAGACAGGUCAGGCUGGCGAGUAGUAGCGAGGAGAGUAGCAACGACAGUUCCGACGAUGAGGACUAUGGGAUGCGGGGCGUCGAACCCGGCCAGGGCCAAGGAGGAGGUGAGGAGGCGGGCGGGAAGGGGGUGCUUGGGCCGGAGGGGAAGGGGGAAGGUGGGAAGGGAGAGGGGGGCGGGCAG